GUUGAAAAUUGAACUCGAGUGUUCGGUCCCAGUUGCGAUGCAAGCGGGGCUUUAGACCUAAAACCCUGCAAACCCCUAUUACUUUUGUCCCUUCAUUCUCGUUCUCUGUUUUCUUCUUCUUACUCUGGUGGUGUAGGAGAAGAUGAGUGGUUGGAGAAACCUUCUUCUACGAAUCGGCGACAAGAGUCCCGAAUAUGGAGCCACUUCCGACUUCAAGGACCACAUUGAAACUUGCUUUGGCGCCCUUCGCCGAGAGCUUGACCACUCGCGAACUGAGAUUUUGGAGUUCCUUCUCGCAUGUGCUGAGCAAUUGCCUCACAAGAUUCCUUUUUAUGGAACCCUGAUUGGCUUGCUUAACUUGGAAGAUGAGGAGUUUGUGAAAAAACUAGUGGAGAAAACUCAAAUUAAAUUUCAGGAUGCCUUAGAUUCUGGAAACUGCAAUGGGGUUCGUAUCCUAAUGCGGCUUAUGACUGUUAUGAUGUGCAGUAAGGUUCUUCAACCAAGCUCUUUGGUGGUUGUAUUCGAAACAUUUUUAUCAUCUGCUGCCACUACAGUAGAUGAGGAAAAAGGAAAUCCCUUAUGGCAGCCAUGUGCUGACUUUUACAUAACUUGCAUUUUAUCAUGCCUCCCAUGGGGUGGAGCAGAACUUAUUGAGCCGAUUGAGGAUGAGGCUUGGAGCAGUGAUAAGGUUGUUCUUUUGUCAAAGAGAAAGAAUAGAGAGAAAGAGAAGCGAGAUCUAAACAUUUCUCUGAUUAAUAUUGCAACUAAAUCAAUUCUUACAGAUCUCAAAAGAGACAAGUCUUAUAUAGGCUACAACCUUUCAGAAGCUACUAACAACCUGGCUGAACUGAAUAACAAGCUGAAUAACAAAUUGAACAAAGUACAAGCUGACACGUACUCUAUUACACCCCCCUUAAACUCAAGGUGGUCUAUCAUUCUGUAG